CGUGUUCUGCGCUACUCCGGGUUUGUGGAAACUGAUCGACACCGACUGCUAGACGUGUUGAAAGAAGGCUCGAGUGGUAACUACUUUUAAUAUUUGGACUUUUCUCCGCCGUGUCAAGCGCUGUUCUUCUAUGAACCUUGGACUUGAGAAUUCAUUGCUUGAGGCAGCAGCGCAUUUGUGUGAAUUAGCGGCUCCGAAAAGAAACCAUAUCUGGUCAAAGUAUUCAGCUGUCACAUGCGCUAUAUAUAGUGUGGGAUAAGCGCAGUCUGAAGUGCUGUGGUUGGGGGGCUCGAGUGUUCCUGUUUUUUUUCCCCUUCUGUCCACUUCUUCUAUUUUAGUUUGUUCACCAUGUUCCGUAAAGAGAUGGACAAGUACCGGGAUGUGGAUGAGGAUGAGCUCUUGCAGAAGCUCAGUGAAGAAGAGCUCAGGAGACUUGAAGAUGAACUUGAAGAGCUUGAUCCUGAUAACGCACUGUUGCCGGCAGGAUUCAGACAGAGGGAUCAGACUAAGAAAGCUCCGACCGGAACGUUCCAGAGAGAUAACCUUCUAGCUCACCUGGAGAAACAGGCCAAAGAACAUCCAGAUCGAGAUGAUCUUGUUCCCUACACUGGCGAGAAAAGAGGAAAAGCAUGGGUGCCUAAGACCAAUGCUGUUGACCCUAUCCUGGAAGAUGUCACUCUGGAGCCUGAACUAGAGGAGGCACUAUCUAGUGCUACUGACGCAGAAUUGUGCGAUAUAGCAGCCAUUUUGGGCAUGCACACACUGAUGAGUAAUCAGCAGUAUUAUGAAGCACUGGCCAGCAGUACUAUCGUCAACAAACAGGGCUUGAACAGUGUAAUCCAGUGUACUCAGUAUAAGCCUGUGCCAGAUGAGCAGCCCAAUGACACAGAUGUAGAGGAAACACUACAGGGAAUCAAGAGAAAUGAUCCAGACCUUGUUGAGGUCAACCUAAACAACAUCAGGAAUAUUCCAAUCCCAACUCUGAAAGCGUAUGCUGAAGCUCUCAAAGGGAACAGUGUUGUGGAACGCCUGAGCAUCGUUGGCACCAGAAGUAACGAUCCCGUGGCCUUUGCACUAGCAGACAUGCUGAAAGUGAACACCACUCUGAAGAGUCUAAACGUUGAGUCAAACUUCAUUACUGGAGCUGGAAUUCUGGCACUCGUGGAAUCUUUAAAGAGCAACACUACACUGCAGGAGCUAAAGAUUGACAACCAGAGCCAGCCUUUGGGUAAUAAGGUUGAGAUGGAGAUAGCUAACAUUUUGGAGAAGAACACUACUCUGCUGAAGUUCGGAUACCACUUCACCCAGCAGGGCCCACGCUUGCGUGGAUCUAAUGCCAUGAUGAACAACAAUGACCUGGCACGUGUAAUUCGGUCGGACUCGGAUGGCGCGAUCACAUUCACACUGUCAGUCCCUGAGCUGGAAAGAGCCUUCUGUAAAAAGUUCAAGUUCACAUCAAAACUCAAUAAGAAAGAGAAGGCUUGAAGGAGGACCCAUCUUUCCUAAAUGUCGGACAAACGUGUAGCAGCAUCGGGAACCCUCUAUGGCCUGGGACCUGCAUCACACCCCAUCUCAUCCCAAAUCCUCCCUUCAUUUCUGUCCCUUUCACAGAUAAAUCACAGGAUCAUCAAAAACAACAACAACAACAACAACAAAAAGUCAAUUCAGAAUGCUUUUUUAUUUUUAUUUUUUUAACCCCACAUCUUGAAACCCAAAGGUACCACCCUCUGUUUACCAGACACGUAGUUACUCACGGCGAGUGUUUUAAAAAUGUGUAAACUACCUGCCAUAACAUUAGCAGGGAAAAAUCGCCUACUUGUGUUGAUGGAAGCAGUAAAGAUGAAAAUGACGCUCAAUGUAUCACAAUGUUCUCAGCUGACCUAAUCUUCUUGCUGUAAACAGUUUGACCUUAAAACCAGCCAUUUCACUGUGUUUGGAUGCACACCAAGAGCAUCAAACUUCAAACUUGACUGAUUGUAAAUGUGGUUUUGCCUUCUCCUGGCCAGUUGAGUCUCACUGUAGUGGUAGUUCCCACAUGCAUCGCAUAAAAGCAUGUUCUUACUGUGUGUUUUUUGGGAUAUACUGUAAUUCUUCUCUCUUGAAAUGUUUAACAACUGGUAAAUUUGUAGCUAUGCAAAUUCAUUGCUGGCAAAUCACUGUACUGUGGUUUCUAGUACUUUGCUAACACCAAUGAAAGUACAAUGUUGGUGCGUAUUUGUAUAAACACGCAUCACCAAGUCGUCAACACCUCAUGUCGCAGAAAUCACCAACUCGCAUUGGUUUGAUUAGGGAAAACCUCUUUUUCAUGUUUAGGACAAGCUGUGUUUUAAUUUCCACAAUUAGCAAUAAUAUAUAUCUUAUUAUACUAAAGAUCUCUCUAUGUUAUCAACUUAUCAUAAAAUUAAUGUGAUUGAUGUGUAUACAGUGUUCUUCCUCAUUAAAUGCUUUUUUUAUGUUUGAGUGAGGAUCAAAACACAAUUGAAAACCUAUCAUAAAACUAUAUGUAUUAUGACUGCUCUCCUUAAGUAACGUCCAGGUUAAAUCUCCUGUGCUGAUACUAGUAAAAUCUGUGUUAAAUAAUGUUUGCAGUCUUUCUUAACUGAGAGGAGAGAGCCCAUACAGAACAUACUUUGCAGCGCUCAUAUUUCCAUAAUGAAAUAAUAACCAUUUAAAGCUUAACAAUCACAAUAGGCUGUAUCAUGAUUUUCUUUUUUCUGUCCCCAAGACCUUUUAAGAUUUAACUUUUUUUUAUUUUCAGAUGCUCCUAAAUACAUUUGACAGUUUGCACACAUCUAUUUUUAGUUGCAGAAGCGAAUGAAUUGUUCGCAAUGUUGAGCUGUUGUACAGGAAUGUAUACUUAAAAUUGCACUGAACGAUUUUUCAUACAUCUUGAUUUUGAGGUGAACAAUGACCUGGUCAUGGACCUAUGGACCUGUUUUCAUGAGACGAGGCAUCUUUUGCAAUCUGUCAUGUGCAGUGAUUUAGCAGGUGUGUAUGUGUUUCUCAGAUAUUUGUUGUCCGUGAUUAGGCCUUAUUCUCUUCACACUCUUCCAGCACAGUAAAAGUCAGUGUGUUUUAUGGAUGUAAACAUUUUCCUACUGUUUAAAGGACAGAGCAUUUAUAGGCCUUUGGGGCCGUCUUGUUCAAAACCAAAAAGGAAAAAUUUACUGUUGAUUGUCUUGUCCUGUGUUUGGACGCAGGCCCAUAAUGUAGCCAUAGAGUGCCUGGGCUGGUGCACAUAUUUACAUUUUGUUAGUGCACCUUACUGUAUGUGGUUUAUUGAGUUAAUAAAGACUGAAUAAGUUGUGUGAA